AAAGACACGGUAAAUUGGACUAUGAAUUAUCGACUUGACUCGGAUAUCCCAGCACCUUACGGUAUUGUGAAGAAUACCAGUGGACAGUCAAACAAUUACAAAGAAAUUAUGGCAAGGAAAACAAAAUUGGCAGCUCAAUUAGUAAGCCAUUGUCCAACGCAAAGUUUACGUGAACAAUAUGUCAAAUCAUUAGAAAAAUAUAUACCAGUAAUGGUUUAUGGGCGAUGUGGACCCGAGAAGAAAAAGAGAAGAGAAGCACAUUUGCUUCUAGAAAUUGAAAAAUCUUAUAAAUUUUAUUUGGCUUUUGAAAAUUCUUUGUGCCGUGAUUAUGUUACUGAAAAAUUUUUCGAGUGGCAAAACAGAAGUAUUGUUCCUAUAGUGAGAGGUGACGGUAAUUAUGAACAUUUCUACCCCAAAAAUUCUUACAUAGAUGUGAGAAAUUUUAAAUCAAUUUCUGAUUUAGCCAAAUAUAUUAAAUAUUUAGAUAGAAAUGACACAGCUUAUAUCGAAUAUUUGAAAGCAAAAGAAAAUUACGUUCUUACUGAUAGUUUAGGUACAUCUGUAGUAAAAUCAUUUUGUCAAUUGUGUAAGAUGGUUCACAAUCCUGAUAAAUACAGGCAUAUUUACUCUAAUGUUCAAAAUUGGUAUAGUAAUGGAACUUGUAGAAAU